GUGCUGACAGUUUGAAGAAGUCUGCAGAACUAAGCCAUGGGGCGGCUGUUAGUCAUGUGAAAAAAUGGAUCAAGCCGACUGAAGGAACACUGAAAAUUAAUGUCGAUGGUGCUUUUUCACAGGAAAUCGGUACAGGUGGCUGGGGUUUUGUCAUUAGAGAUGAAUAUGGGGUGGUUCGAGCUGCAGGUGUUGGCAGUGAAGAAGCUCUACAAAGUGCUUUCCACGCAGAGCUGAUCGCCUGCAGAGAGGGGCUCAGGAUCGCAGCCAAUUUGGGGAUGCCCAGGGUGAGUCUGGAGACGGAUGCAACAAUGGUGAAGGCUGCAAUUGAAGGAGAAGACUACUGACUUUCAUCUAUGGGUGGUAUAAUCACAGAGAUAAAAAUCCUAAAGGCUCUGGAGUUUGUGUCCUGUGAAUUUUUGUACUGUCCCCGUAUAUGUAAUAAGCUAGCGCACGAACUUGCUGCUAUGGGUUGUAAGCUACCCGGUGGUACUUCCGCCACCUGGGACUCUGUACCUCAAUCGAUUGAGGGUGUGGCGUCCAGCGAUUCAGCUGUGACAGAAGAGUAAUAGAGUACUCUUCCUCUCAAAAAAAAAAAAAACGGAAGCGACACUACCGCAGCACAGUGACAAGCGCAAUGGAUGAGAUGGUCUGCCCUGCCUCCUCCGGCAGCUCUCCCUCCCCGGCCACCUUCUUCUCCACCACCGGCCAGCACCAGGAGCUUGAGUUCAUGCCCUGUGAUGUCCUGCUGGAGGGAUGGCUGGAGGACGACGACUCGAUGGAUGGGCCCCCGGACGGCAUCUCGUGCGGCGACGAGGGCUCUCGCUCGCCGGGCAACGACGUCCUGCUGUCCGGCGAACCGCCGGCACCUGCGCCAAAGAGGCGGGGCCGGAAACCAGGGCCUCGGUCCAACGGCCCCGCCCUUACCCACGUCGAGGCAGAGCGGCUGCAGCGGGACAAGCUCCACCGCCGCUUCUGCGAGCUCCGGGCCGCCGUGCCCACCGUGUCCCGGAUGGACAAGGCGUCCCUCCUCUUCGACGCCGCCACCUACAUCGCCCAGCUGCGCAGCCGUGUUAAGCAGCUCGAGUCCGAGAACAGGCUUGCUGCGGCGGCGGCCGCCGCCACCCCAGUAGCGGCCACCUACUCGGUCGGCGUCCAGGAGAAUCUGGAGGUGCGGAUGGUCGGGAGGGAUGCGGCGGCGCUGCGCCUGACGACUGCGGCGCGCCACGCACCCGCGCGCUUCAUGCUCGCGCUCCAAUGGCUGGAUCUGCCGGUGCAGCACGCGAGCGUGUGCCUCGUCGGUGGCAUGACCGUGCAGGACGCCGUCGUGGACGUGCCCGCCGCCGCGCUGCGGGACGAGCGCGCCCUCCGUGCAGCAUUGUUACACCAGCUGCAGCAGACCGGCUAGCAUCUUGGAUUGUUGAUUGGGUCGGCAGGUUUGCGCUGAUCUGAUCUACUCAGAUCCGUCGUCGCCGAAUCAAGCACUCAUACUCUCGUGUUUCAAUUCGUGGCCGGCUUGACAUAAUCUGUGCAUGUCAUUGUCAUCUCGUGCAUCUUUCUUCUCGAUCUAUCCAUUGCGAUGUUUCUGUCAUCCGUGUUUUCAUUGCACAUGCACAUUGUGGUUAGUGUGUUUAAAUUUUUGGUGUGGUGGCGGCAUAGACCCAAAAAUACUGCUGGCUAGAAUUUAGUGCCUGUUUCAAGGAGAGGUAUUAGAUUGUGUGCUAUUGGAUUGGUGCGGAAAUUAGCUCAUUUACCUGACAAGUUUUAAGGUAUUGGAUCCAAACCCUAACCCAAGGGUUAGUUUAUUUGGAUUAUUAGACAUAUUUCUUGGCAAGUUCUGGAUUUUAUUCCAUCUAAUAAACUAAAUCGAAGAGAGCUUCCCGGAGAAAUUAAUACAGUCAGUUGUGUACUUGUGUCAUGUUCAUGUAUCAGUUUAUUUGCUUGGUCGUCAAUCUUGUGUUCUUCUUGUAUUCGUACGUCUUCUGAAUUUCAUGUUCCAUGUGUUCAUGCGUUGAAGGACAAUUCGUGAUUCAGGCAUUACACGUGGUUAUUUUAUCCUGUCUAGUCUAUGAUGUGUACAACGAGCUGUGCAUGCAUUUGGUUUACUUGUUUGGUUUGACAGACCUUUGCUCUUCUUUUGAGGACUUGUUAUUUCUAUUGCUUAUCAAUUGAUUUUCAGCAUCUCUUCUGAAUUCAGAUGUAGUAACUGCUUUCUUACUUUCUG